AUGUUUCCGUUUCGACGUUAGUCUCUUCCUUUGUGUUCUGUGCCAUCUUCAGCGGCAUACCGUUCUCUUAGCCAUUCUCUCCUUUUUCUUGGGACUCAUACUCACUUACUGAUUCUCCCAGUUGACAUCGACUUCCACCGAGCCCCCCUGACUCGCACAGGGCCCUUUGGCGGAAUUUCUACAGACGCAAAUAGCGCUGACAAGUUCUCCACUACCAGCCUUCAAGGCUUCCCAGCUGGCCAACCAGGUACGGUAAUCCGAGUGUCCAUCUGGAACGACCAGUUGAGGGUGCUCUGCAAUGUUAGCUAAUCCGUGUUACAGUACCACCUUCAUAACACCUACCCAGGGCUUCACACACCCACGCACAAUGCCAUCCCAGUCUGCCUUGUACGCUCUCCUAGUCCACUUCGCCAGAUCUCAUUUCCUUAUAUGCAUAUACAUAUAUAUGUGUCUGAUUUUCAUUCAAAAAAUUCAUGACAUCUGCUAUGGUCUUUCAAAAACUUUAACUAUCUCAUGAUAGUUAAUAGCAGGUCGCUUUAAAAAUAAAAGUCUUUUUUUCAAAUCUGCUUUCUUUUACCGAAACUGUUCUAAUUUAUUAGAGGUCGGAAAGUUCUUGAAGCAAAUUACGGUUUACUGACCGACCCUAGAGUUGCUCUGAACAGCACAUGCUGGAUGAGACGAACGGUUUGUCCGUGUGAGGUUGCUCUUACUGAUAUUCCUUCCCCGAUAAUGACUUCAAAUUCAUCACAUUGUGGAGAGAAAUUUACUAGCUCACCAAUUGUUACUUUUACAAAUAUCCAAAGCUUUGAGAGUGGGAUUAGGUGAGGCAAGGACAAGCAGUGAAAGUCGGCCGCUCAUAUUAUAGUGCAGACUAGAAGUUCGCAUGCUGUUGCAAAGAAGGUGCCCGACUCGUGGUCGUCGGUGCCUUGCCAUCGCCUUUAUCACCUUCGUUUCUCUCUGCUCGUUCCUACUUUGCCUACCGAUUCAAUUUUGGGCCGGAACGCAUCGUCGCCACACUUUUCAAUACCUCGUCGCUCUGGUCAAGGCCUACUAGCGUUCCGCCAGUACGCAAAUUGUCCAUAAUCCCAGUUAUUCAAUGUUUUGUCUGGCGUUCAACAAGGUCGGGUCUUGUCGCCCACUUUGUUUACGCCAUCGCCCGGGUCCGUAGGGAGCAGCUCGCACUUUGGCGGUGUCGAAUUUGCUGGAUGACCGAGCUGUCCUGUCUGCAUUAAUUUAGGAUUAACUACGGAAUGUAGUCUCUCGGGUAAACGAGGUGGCUAGGCCAGUCCUUUUAUCCAUCAGCGCUACGAAGACCAGUGCUUUCGGACUGAAUAGCCGACUGGAAGAUACCUCUGAACUAGUGGCUGUCAACUUGAAGAAAAUAGUCAAGCGCCUUGGGGUCAAGUUGCCGCCGAACGGACUCCAUCAUCAGCCGAGUAGACGCUGCUCGCAGCCCUCAGCAAGUUCCCAACGGUUCCUACAGACUCGUAACAACCUGGAGACUGCCGACCACCGUCGCCCGUGAACGACCCUGCGGCUGAACUACUCCGAUUUCAUCUUAAAUGAGAUGGUUCGCAAUCACCGAUGCAGCAUCGUAGGAAUGCCUCAAACCAUCUAAGAAAGGCGAAUGAAGUGUUUCGGCCAUGUUAUUUGUCCUUGUAUGCAUGAAUUCAGUUCUGCUGUCAAACCUGGGGCCGACGCCUAAUUGUAGCUCUUGAGGGAGUCAGCUGAAGGCCUGGCCUGACUUUAUCAAUACACAGGUAUCAUUAUUGGGCUUUUAGUUUUCAUCGAUGGAGAAAAGAUUGAGUCGAACUCUGAAUCCGCUACUGUUGGUCGUCGCUUGUGGCGAAUUAUUAUGGAAACAGUAGUAAAGCUGGUUAGCUGGGGAGUGGUGUCAGCCGUGUCAGGUCGGCGCACUUUAGGGCAACAUUAGCGAUGUUUAUGCACAUUUCCUAGUAUUGUACGCAGUUGGGGGCACUUUAAAUGGAUAAGGCGGACUACUUUCCACAGGUAAAAACAUCACUUAGCCUGGCUUAUUUUUAUUGUGUUCGCAGGAGUCUAAAAUUCUUUAGCUUUUCUAUUGCAAAGAUGUUUUAAUUCGGUCAGAAAUGCCCUAUGAGUGGUGGUAAGUAAAUAUGCGUUGUUUUUACGUUUCGUACAUGGUUGAGGCAGUUUCUGGACAAAAAAAGCAUUACAAUUGAGAAAACCCCCAUCCUGACGCUACGAUUUAAAACGCGGAAGUUCCGAUUUUUCGACGAAACACAGUACCAUCAAUCUGUAUUCAUUAAUAGCUGAAGUGCUCGGCUUCCUCCCAUGGUCUUGCUGGCAUGCGUUUGUGAAAAUGCCGGCAAGCUCGAACCGCGUUCCCCUAUCGCCCCCUUUCUAUCCGUUUGCACGUUGAACUAAUCGAAUGAUUUACGAAAUUGCAUCGUGCUGGCGAACAGAGCAACCCGACCUGACCCGAGGUUGGUCGUUUGUGGUGCCGACAACGUCACCUCUCGCGGCUGUUAUGGACGCUGGCGCAUACCUCCGGUCAUCGCGAAAUUUUGCCAACGACCCCUGCUGGCUUACCGUCUUCUGCUGGCAGUACUUUUCUUGCCACAAUUCAAGUAAUUAGGGUGCAAAGCUUUAUGAUGCAGCUGAUGAUGUAGCCUGAAGGACUUAUCAGGUCCCGGUCUUUUAUUGUAAGCUGACGGCUUCAUCAGGUGCAAUGAGACAUGCUUUUUAUAUGCAAGUCUGAAACUCCGAAAUGGAACAGAAUUCCUUCAUUUCACACGGAACGGUGAGUUCCCCGUAGCCUUAAAUAUCUCGGAUCGUAACUUUCAGAGCUCUGACCCCUAAGUCAGAAUUGGAGCGUAUGCCACUGCGUUCUGGAGGUACCGCUUACUCGACGCGUGCUAAAUGACCAAAGGGACCAAUAUUCGUAUUUUGCAUAGGUUAUUAACACUAUUAAAUUAACCGUUUUUUCGGUAAAGCAAAGCAUGUCCGCCUUGUUUCUUCUUCCUUUGUGCACAAUCUAAAAUCUCCAAGUUGCGGUAUUCAAGCUUAUUUUUAAACCACUCAAAAACAGAAUUCAUGAUAAGGAGACAGCCUUAGUGCUCAGUCCACAAUUUCGGGACGUUGUUUCAAACACACGCCAAAGAGUGCUUAUAAUCCCAUAGUAAUUAUCGAAAUAUCUAUUUAGAUCUUUUCCAUCCUUAGGGUGCAAGUUAUGGCAGUGUUACAAAGUCCGCAACCUACCCCGUCAGACCGAGGUGAAUUCCUACUUCGAUUUUCUCCGCAAACAUUUGGAAUAUGUCGUUUUAAACCCUUUUAUUGUUUAGUACUGGCCUCUCUUCCCUAAGAUCCAUAUUCUCAACGUGGCUGACACUAGGUCUGGAGGUUUGUGACCGCCGUGUUCUCUCAAAGUCUAAGCCUUCCCUGCACUUGUUGUUCUCUUAGUUAUAAAAUAUCCCAACGCAGAGACGCAAACAAGAAAAGCCAUGUUCUAUUUAAUUAUUGUCAGUCAAAACUUCAUAAUCCCUCCGAAUACUGACACCGAAGAGCCUCCGUUAUAAAGCGCCAGUGAAUACCGAAUCGAGCCGAUGUGUCAUACAACGCUUCGGAAAGCAAAUGAUAGGAGUGCUGAUCAACGACUGUCACUUACGCUUGCGCAAGUAACUAACGGUCAUAGAAGAAAGAAGGCGCGGAGUGCACGACAUUGCUCGGCGAAUCAGUUACUGAGUGUCUGGACCGAACAAUAUCAACUGUGGCAAAAGCGAGACAGGAAGUGAAACGCAUGAAUCUAGACCAAAAGCCGUCAAAUUGAAAUGGGAAUGGGAAGAUCGUUGCACUAGUUGAUGGACUGGGGGCCAGCAAACCAUGAUUCCAGUAGCUCCCGGCUCACGCGGCCCCAGUCCAUCAACCAGUGCAACGAUCUUCCCAUUCCAUACUCCGUGCUGAAACUUCGCCCAGGCGGAGUAACAAGCCAUGGGGGGAGCGCAGGGGUGAACACUUUUCCAAAACCGGGGUCGGUUCGUCAGAUGGUCGAGCAAUCAUCACGCCAACAUCCAACGGACGUGAUGAAAUUGCAGCAAUUAUCGACUCGAAUGUCGGCCAUCAAGCAAUGAUCACACCAAGUGCGACGAUCCCGGAUGAAGGGGGGAGCCGUGAAUGUUCAUAGGGAUGUGGUAGCAUGGCCACUGCAUCCUAUAAAUACCGCAGCCCCUUGUGCAACAACCACCCGUUUCUGUUUUUUGUCUCUGAUGAUGGAUUCUAGUAGGAAUCCGAAACGUCAGGCUAAUAAAGCUCUUGUCCCGGCGAUCGUGUCUCCUUCUUCAAAAUCAAUGGGUUCCCCAAUAUCCAGCCUAGUUGCGGAAUUGGUCCUACAAGAGCUGGAAAAGGUUGCUUUCAGCCAUUAGAAACCUGCGUUUUGACGCCGAUACGUGGACGAUGCAUUCGUCAUUAUUGAAAAGGACAAACUAUCGGGUUUUCGAGACUUACUUAACAGCAUAUUCCCCGACAUUCAGUUUACAAGAGAAGACGAGGAGGACGAGAAACUACCUUUCCUGGACGUACUCGUCACGCGCACACCUGACGGUGAACUCAGCACUACAGUGUACAGAAAGGUGACCAAUUCAAUCCAGGUCCUCAACUAUCAUAGCAACCACCAUUGGUGCACAAACGGGACUGUGUGAGGGCGCUUUUCGACGACGGGGUAAAAACGCACUGUAGCGAGCCCGAAGGAAGGAUGCAAGAACUACGGCAUCUCCGGGACCAAUUAACAAAGAACGUCUACCCAAAUAGUUCUAUCAGUCGCUGCAUACGCACGCACCCACGCCGGACAAACGGAAGAGAGACACCAACAAUUUGGCACUCCCUACCGUACAUAAAGAAUGUGUCCGAGGCCACAGAACGCAUUGCGUCAGAGCUAGGCGUGGGCAUCGCUCAUCAUCCGACGGCCACCUUGCGUAGCAGGAUCAUGAAAAUGAAGGAUCGACUGGACGCAGGUGGACAGUCGGGCGUAGUCUACCAAAUCCCGUGCCAAAACUGUCCUUGCCACUACACAGGCCAGACAGGACGACGUCUGAGCUCGCGAAUACUUGAGCACAAACGGGCCGUUCGGAGAGGCGACCCCCUAUCUCAAAUACCCACUCACACGCUGGAGGAAGGCCAUGAGUUCGACUUCGCCAACACGCGGAUAUUGGCGCGAGCCGGCAACAAGACAGGGCGAGAGCCGUUGGAGGCGUGGGUGUCGGACACCAACUCUAUCAACAGACACAUAGAUUUGCCGGCGUGUUAUCACGCGCUCCGCCCACGCAGCCGGGUGGCGCAGCUCACACCGUCGCGAAGUACAAACGGCGUCACCGCGCCGAGGACCCAUCGUGCACCAGGCGGUACAAACCCUACCUAGCCACGGACGUACUCCCCCCCGCAAGGACGAGCUAUAUAAAUGUUCACAAUUUGCUGUACUCAAGUAGUUUCUGAUGAUGAACUCCAGUUCGAGUUCGAAAGCUCAGGCAAAUAAACCUACUGUCCCACUGAUCGUGCCUUCGCCUUCUUUUAAACAAGAACCUGGGAUGCACAUAUUCUCUUCCAUUCGUGAAGGUAAUUCUUUUUGGAAUCUUUAAGACCCAUGCAGAUUGAGGUGUAGAAGUUAAGCAUGCAAGCAUAAACAGAAGAACACCGACUUUGGUGACACCCAGGAGCAAUGUAAGCAACGGAAGAAGACGUUCAAAUGAAAAUUAAGAUUGCUUGUCAAAGGUUUCAAAAAGCUGUCUACUUUUUGUCAGUGCGGGUGAGCUAACCUUAUGUGUCGAGUUGAGUUGCUCAAAUGGAUUCGAACGUUUUCUACCAUAAAUUCGACCGAUAUUCUGCGGCGCACGUAGUCCAUUUGACACCAUUCAAGUGAACGUGACCUCAGCUUAGAGGUCCUAGCACUGUACUAUCAGAUGUAGCUGUUUGUGGAUUAAGUGGUCUCCAUGUUCGGAGAGAUUCGGCAUGUAAUAAUAUGUGCAAAAAGAAGGCAAAUAAAGAGAAUUUUUCUAUUUUAUAUUGAAAAAGAGUUGAAUUUAUUAGUUCAGAAUCGGUUACCAUGUCACAUAAGUUAACAUCCUCUUCUUCCGAUGUCGAGUAAAUACAAGCACAAACGUUAAUAUGGAAGGCUGUUGCGUUCAUUUUCACAUUCAACCAUAAAAAUACUCUCGAGAAGUUUCCCAAUGUAGACCAAAAACUGGCCGUCAGACUCGUCGGCAGAAAUGCAUAUCUAUAUUCGGAGGUGGGCCUGGACCAGUUUAAUUUAGGGUGGGCGCCAACAACAGGGAAUCAUGGCGCCUGCUCUGUCGGCUACAGUAUGAUCGUUGUUAUUCCUCCCCGAACGCAAGUCGGAUAUUUGAGCAUUACUCCUGUUUCUCCGCCUGCUCCUUAUACCAGCCGGCAGACGAUGACCUGUUUAACGCCUUUGAAAUCCAGGUGUGACUAGCUGACGACGGGUGUUUAGACAAAAAAUAAAACUUCUGCCCGUCUUAUCUUUGUCAGUAAAGCUUCCACUGUUGUUUACUAACUGAUGUGCGACCGUCUGUAACGACUUUAGUCUGGAUUUUCAUGGCAAAACACACGUUCUAUCCUCCAUCCCACAAUCAGUUCGAAGUAGUUGACGCCAAUUAAAUGCGAUUGAAUAAGGUGUUUUAUGCCUCCAUGGCCUACGAUCUUGCAGCCAAUUCUACAUAACGGUCAGUGUCUGUUUUGGGCACAGGAAAGUGUUUUUCGUUGAUACCGGAUAAAGUGCAUGUGAUCAUGAGCGCCAGGGUGAAAAUGAUGUCAACCGAGGUGAUGUCAACCUGGUGGAACUUGAAUAAGAGAUGUAUACAAACCGUAGAUUGAUGGGCUUGGCUGUGGAUCCACCCGUUUAUGUCAUCGCGGACUGUGUUUACUACUGUUAUUUAGCUACCACGGACGGGUACUGGUAGAUCUGAACCGGGUACCGGCGCAUUUCCGACGAAGGCAUGAGAUGACUUGUAGGCCAUGCUGGAAGUUUAAAAGCGAGGACUCAACUGUAAGUGUCGUGAGUCUAACGUCGGCUACCCGGGCCUUCCUUUUGAGGUAUACACAUCCCUUAAUCCUUUUCAACGAAGUUUUUGGGACCGAUCGUCUCUCACUCCAGUAAUUACCACCUGCUAGAGUAAAUUACAAAUCUGCAAGCGAUAUAGCAAGAUGCACAAAAGACAAGUUUAUAUGGAUAUUUUAAGUCGCAAGUGAGGCAAUGAGACCGACUUUACUUGUUUCUGGUUAAGAACACGCGGCUGACACAUAAUGAGACCAUUAAAGCACUGGUCAGUUGCAACUGCUCCGGCAGUAAUUGAUGAGUGAGGCAAAUAAAACGGCCCAAAUGUUCAGUCUCUCCUCAUCUUCUUUUGGGCGGGCUCCGGCGGGGCCUCGUAGCUCAGGUAGUUAGAGCGUUGGCUGCGCUAAAGCCUUCCCCUUACUGUGUGGGUUCGAAUCCCACCGAGGCGCCGAGUUUUUCGCAGUUGGGCCAAUAUGAAUUAUUGAAAGUCUGCCAAAAUAUCAAUGGAAAACAGAUAAGGAUAGGUUGUGUAAACCCACUGGGAUUAAUGAGUCUAACCACCUGCUAUCUUUUUAAGUGGAGCUUGUUUAGUUUAUUAAUUCAUAGUUACAGGAAGUAUCCGCAUGCACCCAUGCCGGUACUCAACAUUAAACGCGUGCUGUAAGGAUCCUCGGCUGCGUGUUGAUUUACUUCGUCUCGGUUAGAAAAAAAGCGCACGCCUUCCUGAACGGUUUCUGUUGUCAAACGUGUACUUCAUCAGUUACUAACGUCUUCGGAAAACCUAGCUUAAUAUUUUCUCCUGCUUUAAUACUCGGCAUACAACGCCUGAUGCAAAGAUCCUCGAAUGCGUGUUGUUUUACUUUCCCUCGGCUGGAACGCAAACACACGGCUUUCUUAAUAACUCCAAACCGUUUCUGUUGUCAAAAGUGUACGCCGUGAUUUAUAUACUUCUUUGGGGAUAUUUUCGCGCACGUACCCAUAUAACCAGUAAUAAGACAGUCGAAUUUAUGUACAAAAAUUCGGAAAGGAGUCCUUUAGGCUACCGGUUCAGGAAUCUGUUACACUGGAUAUGCUUGCGUAACAUGCGAAAGGAAUAUUUCCCAAGCAUGCUUUAGCCCCCUGCUGUCUAUGCCAAACCGCGGACUGUAUUUAACUUCGUCUCCAUGGGCCCACAUUGCUCGACCAGAAACCGGUUCUCCUUCGUGGAGCUUCAGUUUCAGUCUGCUCCAGUAGGCCUCAAUCGUGUUGGUGUGUUUUCCUGUGGUCGGAUCCUUGAAAUGCUUUGCAUGAUUGGCUGCAAAGUGUUCAUAGGCUUCAGAUUGGAGGCUUUUGUAGGAAUUCCUUUCAUCUGUCACUAUUAUGCUUCCUUCGACCACCCAUUUAGUAAUGACAGAUCUGAGGUCUGGUCAACUUAUAUCGUCUACUUGUUCAAUCGGUACUUUCUUUCGUGAAGUAUCAUACAUACUAACGAUUUAAAAUUGUCUUCUGCGUUUCCCGACAUUGUAUUUCCGUCUGCUGACCAGUGCUUCAUCAAUUUGGACUUCUACCCCGGGACCGCCAAUAUGGUCUCCUUCGUCCAUUAGGGCGGCGGAGCAGAUAUUCCGGCAAAGUGCAUGCCAUUCCACCGCAGUUUUAUGACAUAAUCCGAUAUCUUUGGCAAUUUUUUUCACUCUGACGUCCCUCAUAAAGGCCAGUUAUAUUUUGAUUAUUGUCCUGAUGGUAAGCCUGCUGCUUUCAAAAACGGAGUCCUUUCUUAGAGCUUUCCUCCUUCGACAUCGGCCGCAUCGAAAUAAUUAUCCGUCGGCGUGCAACCUCAAUAUUUACGGAUGCAUUUUGCGUCCAGAUCUGCAUUUUACUGCAUUAGGUAGGAGACCCUAGCUUGGCAGUAUUCCACUACAGUAGGAGGGUUAACUCGUGAAAUGACAACCAAAAUUCCGAAAUGCGUUUUCGUUUCGAAAAUGUUAAUUAAGUUGGGUUGUAAAACUAGUCAGCCUGCAACAUAAUUUUAUAAUAUUUCACUUACCGCAGGAUGCCGGCUGUCGAAUGAACUUCCUUCCGGCUGCAUGCAAAGACUACACUCUGUAAAAAAUGAUUACUUAUGUGGCAUGCAUUUUUCUCAUUGAUUUUCGAUGCCUCUAAAUGUCCACUUAGGUUUUAUGGGAAACAUGCAUAAAAAUAUUCAUUCUUUUGCUUAUUCGGUAAACAAUUACGUCUUCUCCCAAUCUUAUACUCGAAGGAAGUAUAUAAUUCGGUUUUCAAAAACUUUUUCGAUUCCUGAAUAAUUUUGAACCCGCCCUACCGUUACACUUAAGUUCAGAAUUUCCAAACUACAGGCCGUAUAUUUUCCGCGUGCGGAAAACCACACAUUUCUCUACGGUAAAAAAGGGGGACCAUAUAGAAUUCAUAAAAUUUGGCGGUGGAUUUUAUCCAUAUUGUUUACUUUACAAGCCACAUUGGUUAAUGCAGAGACAUUACGAUUUAUGAACGGCCAUUUCACGGUAUUUAAAAGUUCCACAAUUUGAAACUUUUUUAAAACCAAAUUAUGUCCCUCCCUCGAGUAUGAAAUUAGAAGAAGACGUAAUUAUCUACCGAAUAAGCAAGAGAAUGAAUAUCUUUAUCAUGUUUUUCAUAAAAUCUAACUAGACAUUUGGAGGCAUCGAAAAUCAAUGUGAAAUAUGCAUGCUACCUAAGUUAUCAUUUUUUACAGAGUGUAUUUUUGCAUGCAGCCGAAAGGCAGUUCAUUCGAAAGCCGGCAUCCUGUGGUAAGUGAAAUAUUAUAGAAUUAUGUUGCAAACUGAAUAGUUUUACAACCCAACUUAAUUUCGCCAGAAAAUCAACCUGUAACUCUCUUUUUUUCGUGUAUCAUGGAAUGCCUGCUCUGUAUUUUGAAAGAAUAAGGCAUAAUUACCUACUCUGCUCAUUAGUGCAUUUUGAUUAUUGGAUAUAAACCUUAUAUACAUAUUUUUUAUUUACAAAAUGUCUAACUAGCAUUUAUAACUUGCCUUAUCAUGCAGAUAAAUACAUGUGUUCUUACUUACGCUAUCUGAAGUUCUAUGUGUUCAUUAGGGUGUAUUUGCACAGCUCCUCCAACAUUCAUAUGCAUUACGUUUUCUGGCCGCAAAUGCUCGGGGUUGCAUUAUUUGACACUUAGCAUUCUUCGUCCUCCUGGUUGUUUGUUCCAUUGUUCCUGACCUACCUCAAACUUGCCAGCGGCGGUUUAUUUAAAUACCUUUUAUUUAUUGUCGGUCGACUUUUGUUUAUUCUUCGAGUACCGCGCCCAAUUCCGUUAGUAUAUAAAAGUAUAGGGGAAUUUCAACGGAAAUCUACGUAAUUUUUAUGUUUUACUGCGUCCACAUCGUUCCCCGUGCGCGGUUAUGCCCCAACCAUAAAACCCCUAUUGCCUCCAUUCCCAUAUUACACGCGUCUGCGGUUAUUGGUUGCCAGGUGGGUUUACACAACCUACCAUUACUGCAAAACCUUAUGACGCGCAUUUCAUCUCAAUUAGGGAGGCAGCGUGCCUAGAGAACUGUUCACUUUUGUGGUUUUUUGGAGACGAGCUGUCAACUGUUUGGAUGAUAUUCAAGAACUUAGCUAUUCACAGUGUUGCGUUUCCCUUCAGUUUAUUUAUGCUUUAGGUAUCACAGUCGAGGUGAGGAUCCGUCCAAGCCAUCCACUUGCGGCCUCCCUCGUCUCCGGUCUUCUGGACUCUGUCUUGACACCCGGUUCAGGCGAGGGAGGAGAGAGUGUGGUAGAUGCAGCGCAAGUUUGCGGGCACUAUAAACCCACGCGCAAGUCACCGUCCCUGCUCCCACCACCUGCUGUGGGGCAUACGGUGGACAUCAACGGUCGAACUAUCGCCGUGCGUGUGGAGCUGAAUGGUUCCAGCGUUCCACUUUUCGAAGUUUUUGUUUGUUGUCUUGAGUCCGGUGUGAUAUGA